AUGCGUUCCAAAAGCAGUGACAAGGAGGGCUCAGCCCCAAAGCAAUUUCCAAGGCCUGGAAAAGACGACAGUUUCCAAGGGCCUGAGGACAAGAAGCAGAGACAGCAAGACAAAGACGCCACCAGGGAGUCGGAUGCAAUCCUUCCAUAUCCUAAGUCACACAGUGGUAACGGCCACCAAGGAGAAGACCUCUCCAGAGAUGACCUCUUAUUUCUUCUCAGCAUUCUGGAGGGGGAACUGCAGGCUCGAGAUGAAGUCAUAGGCAUUUUAAAGGCUGAAAAAAUGGACUUGGCUUUGCUGGAAGCUCAGUAUGGGUUUGUCACUCCAAAAAAGGUGCUAGAAGCUCUCCAGCGAGAUGCUUUUCAAGCAAAAUCUGCCCCUUGGCAGGAGGACAUCUAUGAGAAACCAAUGAAUGAGUUGGACAAAGUCGUGGAAAAACAUAAAGAAUCACAUAGACGAAUCCUGGAACAGCUUUUAAUGGUAGAAAAAUCUCACAGGCAAACCAUACUAGAACUGGAGGAAGAAAAGAGAAAACACAAAGAAUACAUGGAGAAGAGUGAUGAAUUCAUAAGCUUGCUAGAACAGGAAUGUGAAAGAUUAAAAAGGCUGAUUGACCAAGAAACUGAGUCCCAGGAGAAGAAGGAGCAAGAAAAAGAGAAGAGGGUCACCGCCCUGAAAGAGGAGCUGACCAAACUGAAAUCUUUUGCUUUGAUGGUGGUGGACGAACAACAAAGGCUGACGGCACAGCUUGCCCUUCAAAGACAGAAAAUCCAGGACCUAACCACAAGGGCAAAGGAAACACAUGCUAAACUAGCCCUUGCUGAAGCCAGAGCUCAGGAAGAGGAACAGAAGGCAACCAGACUAGAAAACGAACUGCAAACGCAGACCACAAAAUUUCACCAGAACCAAGAAACAAUCAUGGCAAAGCUCACCAAUGAGGACAGCCAAAAUCGCCAGCUUCGACAAAAGCUGGCAGCACUCAGCCGGCAAAUUGAUGAGUUAGAAGAGACAAACAGGUCUUUACGAAAAGCAGAAGAAGAGCUGCAAGAUAUUAAAGAAAAAAUUAACAAGGGAGAAUAUGGAAACUCUAGUAUCAUGACUGAGGUAGAGGAGCUCAGGAAACGUGUGCUAGAAAUGGAAGGGAAGGAUGAAGAGCUCAUAAAAAUGGAGGAGCAGUGCAGAGAUCUCAAUAAGAGGCUAGAAAAGGAAACAUCACAGAGUAAAGACUUUAAACUUGAGGUUGAAAAACUCAAUAAAAGGAUUAUGGCUCUGGAAAAAUUAGAAGAUGCUUUCAGCAAAAGCAAACAAGAAUGCUACUCGCUGAAAUGCAAUUUAGAAAAAGAAAGGAUGACCACAAAGCAACUGUCUCAGGAACUAGAGAGUUUAAAGAUAAGGAUCAAAGAGCUAGAAACCAUUGAAAGUCGUCUGGAAAAGACAGAAUUCACCUUAAAAGAGGAUUUAACUAAACUGAAAACAUUAACUGUGAUGCUAGUAGAUGAACGGAAAACAAUGAGUGAAAAAUUAAAGCAAACUGAAGAUAAGUUACAAGCUGCUGCUUCUCAGCUUCAAGUGGAGCAAAAUAAAGUGACAGCAGUUACGGAGAAGUUGAUUGAGGAAACUAAAAGGGCACUGAAGUCCAAAACUGAUGUGGAAGAAAAAAUGUACAGUGUAACCAAAGAGAGAGACGAUCUAAAAAGCAAACUGAAAGCAGAGGAAGAGAAAGGAAAUGAUCUCCUGUCCAAGGUUAAUGUGUUGAAAAAUAGGCUUCAAUCCUUGGAAGCAAUUGAGAAAGAUUUCCUAAAAAACAAAUUAAAUCAGGAUUCUGGUAAAUCCACAACAGCAUUACACCAAGAGAACAAUAAGAUUAAAGAGCUUUCUCAAGAAGUGGAGAGACUGAAACUGAAGUUAAAGGAUAUGAAAGCCAUCGAGGAUGACCUCAUGAAAACUGAAGAUGAGUAUGAGACGCUGGAACGAAGGUAUGCUAAUGAACGCGACAAAGCUCAGUUUUUAUCUGAAGAGCUGGAGCAUGUUAAAAUGGAACUUGCCAAGUACAAGUUGGCAGAAAAGACAGAGUCCAGCCACGAACAAUGGCUUUUCAAAAGGCUUCAAGAAGAAGAAGCUAAGUCAGGUCACCUCUCAAGAGAAGUGGAUGCACUGAAAGAGAAAAUUCACGAAUACAUGGCAACUGAGGACCUGAUAUGUCACCUCCAGGGAGAUCAUUCGGUUCUGCAAAAGAAACUCAGUCAACAAGAGAACAGGAACAGAGAUUUAGGAAGAGAGAUUGAAAACCUCACUAAAGAGUUAGAGCGGUACCGUCACUUCAGUAAGAGCCUCCGGCCCAAUCUCAAUGGAAGAAGAAUCUCUGACCCUCAAGUGUUUUCUAAAGAAGUUCAAACAGAAACAGCAGACAAUGAGCCACCUGAUUAUAAGAGUCUCAUUCCUCUGGAACGAGCAGUCAUCAAUGGUCAGUUAUAUGAGGAGAGUGAGGACCAGGACGAGGACCCUAAUGAUGAGGAGUCUGUGCUUUCCUUCAAAUGCAACUCAUCUACUCCCUGUCCUGUUAACAGGAAGCUCUGGAUUCCUUGGAUGAAGUCCAAGGAGGGCCAUCCUCAGAAUGGCAAAAUACAGACUAAACCCAAUGGCAACUUCAUGCAACCUGGAGAUUUAGUGCUAAGCCACAUACCUGGGCAACCACUUCAUAUAAAGGUUACUCCAGACCAUGUCCAAAACACAGCCACUCUUGAAAUCACAAGUCCAACCACAGAGAGUCCUCACUCUUACACAAGCACUGCAGUGAUACCAAACUGUGGCACCCCAAAGCAAAGGAUCACCAUCCUCCAAAAUGCCUCCAUAACACCAGUGAAAUCAAAAACCUCUGCUGAAGGCCUGAUGAAUUUAGAGCAAGGCAUGUCCCCAAUUACCAUGGCAACCUUUGCCAGGGCACAGACCCCAGAGUCCUGUGGUUCCAUAACUCCAGAAAGGACAAUGUCACCUAUUCAGGUUUUGGCUGUUACUGGUUCAGCUAGCUCCCCUGAGCAGGGACGCUCUCCCGAGCCGAUAGAAAUCAGUGCCAAGCACGCAAUUUUCAGAGUCUCCCCUGACCGGCAAUCAUCAUGGCAGUUUCAACGUUCAAACAGUAACAGUUCAAGUGUGAUAACUACUGAGGAUAAUAAAAUCCACAUUCACUUAGGAAGUCCUUACAUGCAAGCUAUAGCCAGCCCCGUGAGACCUGCCAGCCCUUCAGCACCACUGCAGGAUAACAGAACUCAAGGCUUAACUAACGGGGCACUAAACAAAACAGCCAAUAAAGUCACCAGCAGUAUUACUAUCACACCAACAGCCACACCUCUUCCUCGACAAUCACAAAUUACAAUCAAGGAGGUAUGCAAGCAGAGAAUUCCAACACGGAUCCCUAAACCAAAAUCUACAGGCAUCACUAAGCCUUCCCCUAAAGCUCCUCCAGGGCCUACAGAUAAGACUGGCUGUGGGAAGCUACACAUCAUAAGGACUGUCACCUCUAACACUUUCCUCCACUUGGGAGGGAAAAGGUAAGUCAUGCCAAUGCAGGGCCUGGAUACAUUCACUGACAGAAAUAUCUCGGAACCUGGAGUUUUAAGCAUGGAAGGACAAAGAUAAAGGGCCACCUCUCCAGGAAAUGGCGACGCAGCAGACAGACAGAUGGUUCGUUCACAGGCUGCUGGGCCUGGUGAAUGCCAUCCUGA